AUGGCUGUGGAAGGAGCGGAGCAAAUGAUCCAUCGUGAUCCUGCUCUGUUCUACUGGAUCUUGCUGCCCAUCACGAUUGUGAUGAUAUUGACCGGAGUCCUACGACACUACGCCUCAGUCCUACUGCAAACUCCCCCGAAACCGCCGAACAGCCUUCUCGAGUCCCGCGAACGACAAGCGCUUCUUCGUGGGGUCAACUUGCGAAAUAACGCUGCUGCCGCGCUGACAACACCUUCAUUCAACCGUCGGAAAGAAUAUCUUGUUGAUGGCUACCACAAAGGCACCUUUUUGAAAGGUGGACCGGAAUCCAAGGAUCAAGGUGCAGCGAAUCCAAUGUCUGACCCCGCGGCUAUGGAGGGUAUGAUGGGAAUGAUGAAGGGAAACAUGGCCAUGAUGAUUCCACAGACAUUGAUCAUGUCCUGGAUUAACGCAUUCUUUGCCGGCUUCGUCAUCCUCAAACUGCCCUUUCCGCUCACCAUUCGAUUCAAAUCUAUGCUGCAGUCUGGUGUUAUGACCCGAGACCUGGAUGUCAGAUGGGUAUCUAGCUUGUCGUGGUACUUUUUGUGCCUUUUCGGCCUCCAAAGUGUUUUCAUCUUCAUUCUCGGCAAUGAAAACGCAGCCAGCCAGAUGGCGCAGCAGAUGGCCCAAAUGAAUCCAGGUGCAAAUGCCAAUCCAUUUGGUCCGGGUCAAGAACCUCAUAAGAUGUUCCAGGCGGAGGCAGAGAAUCUGGAGGUUCUGGAUCAUUGGAGCAUUCUCGAUGGUGCCGAGGAUCGACUAUUGCAGAUAUAUGGCAGCUAG